AUGGAGAACAAAAUGAUCGCCCAUCUUGGCUUGCCGGACAUCAAAGAAGGAAACGAAAUGUAUCAAACGGCUGGCUCUUUCUUUCAGCCUUCACUAAAGCGCCUCCUUCCUAAAGCAAUAAAGUCCGGGGGACAGAAGGGAAUCCAUAACGAAUCCUUUGCUGCGGCAAGGGGGGAAAAUAACAUAACGAAAGUUUUUCCGGUGAGUGGCUGCACAAAAGUACCUACACAUUCUACAUACAUACAGUAUGGAUACAAGGGGGACCACGUAGUUAUCGUAGAAGCCUUGAACAGCGACGGAAACAAACGAGGAAACGAACUUACAGGAAAACAUUAUUCUAUCACCGAUAUCUGGAAACAUGCCAAAGACAAGAUAAAUGGUUAUGCAGUAUGCAUAUUAAUAUUCGUGAAGGCCGGCGUAUCAGGAUAUUUAAGCUAG